GACAACGAGAAUUGCCAGCAGCAGCUGGCUAUCAAAUACAAAUAUGUCUGGGUCUGGGAGAUUGAUUGCGAGAUUUGUCGUGCUAGUCUGGCAUGACUCUGAACUCUGUAUUGCGUGGCCGCGAAGAGCUCCGCUCGCCUGUCAUGCAAAAACGCAGUUUCUCAUGCGGAGUACGCUACUCAGAACCACGGAAAAACUUGUCAUGCUUGGCAGCGCAUUAAAGUGUAAUCACUAUUUUUCCCGCCGUCCUUGCAUCACAAGUUUCCAGACCCAAACAUAUUCGCAAUGCAUAUUGGCCCACAAGACCGGCGGUGGCACCUUCUUCCACUAUGCGGCGAAAAAGAAUAACAAGCCCCUAUCAAAUGCAAAGAUGUCUGGGUCUGGACUGUUGCAACUUGUGAUGCUAUCUUUGGAUUCUAGACAAAUCUGUAUUGCAUGACCAACAAAAGGAGCCCAGUUUGUGCUACGCGGAGACGGCAUUGCUCAUGCGGAAUAUGCAUCAGAAAGCCCUUUAAAAAUCUGUGAUGCUCGGCCAUGCAUUCCAGGCGUCAUGGGUCAUGCAAGACAUGCAUGACAAGCCUGGCAAUCUUCCAGACCCAGACAUAUUUGCACUUGAUAGCCUCUCUUCGACUACCUAGUGCUGAACCUGGACGAAACGAUUAUCAAGCAGCAGGUAUGCAUUGCAAAUAUGUCUGUGUCUGAGAGAAUCCAAGGUUUGUAAUGCAGGUUUUCCAUGAUGAUCCAUGAGGGCUGGAAUGCAGAACCCAGCAUGACAGAUUCUGUGAGCAGAUUUCCAUCAUGCCUAUCCAGCAUGAGAAAGAACUCCCUCUCAGUUUGAUCAAAUAAAGUGGACAACUUUUUGCACUCUUGCAACACAAAGUUUUAGCAUCAUCCGGACUUAGCAUGACAACUUGCAGUGUUGCAGACCCAGAGAACAUAUUUGCAGUGCAUAGCAGGUGCAUGUGAUCGACGAUUUCGGCAAGAAGGCGAUCGAUUUGG